AUGAAAUCCCUACGGCCAGACGAACUUCCGCCCUGCUUCGUGGAUCCAAACGGCGAUACCAUCAUCUCCGUACCAUAUAUGGUAUGUGCGUUCGACUUUGGAACGUUGGAAAUGAGAAUAUCGAGCGACAAACUCAUCGCAGUCUCAUCAUACUUCGCGGCGACACUGAAGCCCGAGUGGCUUCACAACAAAGUCACAGGAACAGAGAACUGCAGUGACGGUAUCGCCCGAGUCAUGAAGCGUUAUGAACUCGAAUUGGACCAGGAUGGAAAAGACAUUCUCGUGGGCAAGACAGCUGCAACUGAUCCAAAACUUCGAAUCGUCUCAGCUGUGACUACCAUCCAGACUUCGAAUCCAGUGUCGCAGUUGUCCCUGCGCGAGAGAAACGACCGCCUCAACACCAUGUCGACUGUCAAUCUACUUGGCUUCUCUAUGCUCUGUGACUUUCCUGACCAGAGUGACCACCUUCUUAUGGAUCGCCUCCGCCAGUGCGUGCGAGUAGUGCCUCUGAGUGGUAUCGUGCAGUGUCUGCUUGGCUGGAUCGACUAUUAUGGCACCUUCACGGAAAUGAGAGAAAGAUUACUCCAAUUCAUUACCUCAGAGAUCCCGGGAGACGAGAUCCGUAGAUCAACCCUCUUUUAUCUCCGAGUCGCAUGUGUCCUGCGUGACAAAUCCUUCUUCAGUUGGAUUCUUGACAAGAAUCCGUUCUUCUCGAAUGAGGUCUGGUUCGGCAGAAGUUCGUUGGAUACCCGCCUAGGGCUUGGCCUCUGGACUUCCGAAUUCGAGCGUGACUUGAACUUCUUCGGCUUUGUACUCAGGCACUUGCAAGAUCAACCGGGACGGGUUCAGCCUCCUGGUCGAGGUACGGCUCCAGCUGAUGAAAGGGAUAUCGUAUCGACGUCGCUCUUCAGUCACGCAGCCUCCGCUCAAGUGCAGUAUGAGUACAUCAACCCGUCCAUCUUGGCUCUGCAUUCGAUCGCUGUCUCGCAAGAUGUUGAAAUAACCUACAGUCACCAUGUCACUACCUUGACACUGACUAAUGUAACUCGAUGGCUUCGAAACGCCCUCAUCACAGCGAAACAAGAGAUUGCUCAGCACAUCACAGUCGACCACAGCGAGCCUUUCGGCUUCCGCAUCAACGAUCAUAAUUCCUUUCCAUGGGAUUAUCGUUUGGGCGAAGAUACAGACCAAACGCUGUUCAACUUGAUCGCGACAAGCAACCCUUUUGAGGUGGGCGAGGAUUUGGAGUUCAAUUGA